AUGGACCACAUCAGACCUUUUUCAAUAGAGAAGUCUAAACAAGACGAAUUCGUGCAAAGUAUCCCAAAGAUGAUUCAGGACUUUCUCAAUGAGCUUCCGAGGGUGGAAGCAAGCAAGCUAGCAGAGGACGGCCAGUGUAUGAUCUGUCACCAGAAGUACGGUCUCGAAAAUCCGGACGCUGACACCAUCGAAGAGGCGGAAGGGGCGGUGUGCUUCCCGUGUGGCCAUCACGCUGGUCGAAAGUGCAUUUCGACCUGGUUACAGACAAGUGGUGACUCAUGCCCGCUGUGUCGGAAGAAGUUUUUUCUGGUCGUACCGUGGCCGCACAUCAUACCUGAUGAAAAGGACCGGGAGGAUCUGAAAUAUCAUCCUCCAGAUUUCGAGGACAUAUGCUCGAGCUUGCGUCGGUCAGACUACAUUCUCGAGAACGUUAGAACAGGGUUGAGAGGACGUUCGCUUCCUGGAUGGAUCGUGCGGGCGGCCGGAAAUUAUUAUGAGUACAACGAAUCGCAGGGUAACUUCUUUCGCGACCACGAAUUCCGGAAAAUGGUCGCGAGAAAGAUUCUCUCAACUUCGCCAUCAGAAGUUGAGAACGCGCCAUGGAUGCUGCAGGUAUAUCCUAGACCAGGGGACUUGGAAGCGCACGUCGAGGCGCUAGCCUCAGCACUUGGAGCAGCUUUGCCAAGAAGCGUAAUUUAUAUUCAGCUUCGAGAUCGCGGUGCCACGAUCUAUCAAGUGAAUACGUACACGGAUUCCGAAAAGCCGUACCAGGAUGAGGGAUUCUUUCGGAACCUCAUUUCGCGUGGCGGUUUGGACGGAGACCCGCUUAUGACGGAUGAUCGGCGAGGGUCAUGGUGGACGUAUCUUGGGGAUGGCAAUGAAUUCAGCACGUAUUUCAUGGGUUACUGGAGAGUAUGGCGAACAAGAUCCAGGAUUCGAGUCCGGAUCAGACAGUGGAUUCCAUGGAGGGAUCGAUGA